AAAUGCAUUACCGUAAUACCGCGUGCAGACGCGCACACCAAAACAGGCGUUGACAAGAGCCGCACAUUUUGAUUUGAGGCUCGUUUUUUAGGUCGACUACACCAUGUUCUAAAGUUAAAACCCAUCGUUCACUUCAAAAUGUUUUGCGUGACAACAUCCACAGCAGUGGCCGGACAGUGGAUCCAGGGCGGGUGUAGAUGGUAGGAGCAUUACGACCUCCGGUCUGCUGUGUUUGCUGCUGGACGCUGAUGUUCGCCAUCCUGACCAGAUCCAGACACGCCUUUUGUUGUCCUGCUGCAACGACUAGCCGCCGCUAGCACCGCAGCAUCUAGGAAGACACUGAGGACCAGCUCAGCCUUUCUGGGGGAUUAGUCGUAGACCACUGGAACCGCAGCGACUGGACGACCGACCGCAAGGAUGAGCAGUGACGAACCAAGCCCCGCCGCCUUGCCGGAGCCGGUGGAGGAUGUGCACGGAGACGGGAGAUGGAUGUCCCAGCACACUCGGUUCGUCCAGGAGUGUAAGGAUGCUGAACCAGACGUCCUAUUCGUCGGAGACUCCAUGAUUCAGCUGAUGCGGCAUCAUGAUAUCUGGAGGGAGCUGUUUUCUCCACUUCACGCUCUGAACUUCGGGAUCGGUGGAGACACGACCUGUAACGUCCUCUGGAGACUCCAGAACGGAGAACUGGACAACAUCAAACCCAAGGUGGUGGUCCUGUGGGUCGGAACCAACAACCACCAGCACAGCGCGGAGCAGGUGGCCGAGGGGGUCCUGGCCGUAGCCCGACUCCUCACCUCACGCCUGCCCCGGGCCAAGGUCAUCAUCAUGGGCCUGCUGCCGCGCGGGGAGCGCCCGAACCCCCUGAGGGAGAAGAACGCGGCGGUCAACGCGCUGCUGCGCGCCCGUCUGCCGCGGCCCGGCCCCGUCCUGCUGCUGGACGCCGGCGCCGGCCUCCUGGCGCCCGACGGCUCGCUCAGCCAGCGGGACAUGUUCGACUACCUGCACCUGACGGCCGCCGGCUACGCCGCCGUCUCCAAGCCGCUCAGCGACCUGCUGCUGCAGAUCCUGGAGGAGACGCCCGAGGAGAGGAGGGCCCCACCGGUCUGAGACCCCCCCCACCCCCCCCCCCCCCCGGAGCCUCACUCACAGCAGGGGCCGGGGGAGGAGGAGGAGGAGGAGGUGUGCAGGAGAGGUGGAGGAGGAGGAGCAGGAGCAGGAGGUGGAGGUGUGGGGCUAGGGGGAAGGAUGUAAGGCCCUGUGUAGAGCGCUGACAGUGUUCUGCCCCAGCACCGACAGCUCGUGGCCAGCAGGGGGAGACACCCACACGCGCCAGCCAUUAAAGCACAGACGCUGCUGGGAGCUUAUGGUGCGUUUUAGUAUUCUCCGCGAAACCGACUCGGACUUCGGAUGCGACGUCACGCCCACACUUCAAGCGUUUUAUUAUGUUUCGCUCGGUCGUUGGAGAAAAACAUGGGCGCCACCCGGAAAGCUGUUGUCGCGGUAGCAUUGGCAGAGGACCAGGCGCUCCAAAAUAAGUAGGCUGUAGGCCAUAGGCAGAGAUACGGACGCAGUAAGGCAAUGCAGUAACACGAGUGAUUGUAAUUGCCCUUUAAACCACCAAAGCGGUCCAAGCACAAUGAAAACAGUUCAUACUAGUCGCACCGGGCGCAGCCAUCUUGAAUUCUGUCUCGGAAUCCUCGCUCGGCCUCCUCUGAGGUCAUCCGAGCAAGCAAGUGCGCCGUCCGAGGAAAAGGGGCGUGUUCACGCGUGUCGCUAGGCAACGUCCUCGGACCUCCGAGACGGAUGGAUAAUAAAACGCACCAUUAACCUGACUACAUUCAUUAGGUCAAAGAUAUUACAUUUUCCUCUUAUGCUGUUAUAUUAAAACCGAACCCAUUCCACAGUUUCAUUCAAAGUUUUGGUCAGUUUACAUUAAAAUAAAUAGCGGAAGGGAAAAUAUUUAUAUAGAUGUAAAUGACAAAGACUGCUUGUGGCACACAUUGAACACAUUUCUCUCGGUCAAACAUCUUUUGGAGGAGGUCUUCUGUUCGGUAGAGGGUAGUGCGCACUCCAAGACGGCGCCUGGAUGCUUCAGGAGCCCGGUCCAACCGCUAAACUGCUGCUGUCACAGAGUCGCCUCAACACUCCCUAUCUCCUGGGACCUCUGCUUUAACACCUGCAUGGAACCAACUGAGGGAAAACAUCUGUACAGAAAACGGAUGAGGACCUCUAGGAAAUGGACAUGAUGAUCUAUUUAGGACAUUUUAUCGAAGACGCGCAUGAUCUAAGAAUUUGUGUUCCCCUCCGUCAUACGAAUUCACAGAAGGGUUGUCCUGAUUUCCUAAAGCACCUUCUCGUUGUCUUUCUGAUUGUCUGUGAUGUCAAGUUGUUUUUCCAGUGCUACUUAGCCCGGCUGCUACCUAGCUGCAGAGAUACCUUGCCCCAGCGCUACCUAGCCCUAGCACUACCUAGCCACAGUGCUACCUUGCCCAAGCUCCACCUCUCCCCAGUACUACCUAGCUCCAGAUUUACCUAGCCCUAGCAACAGAGCUACCAUGCCCCAGAGCUAACUAGCCCCAGCACUACUGAGCCCUAGCACUACCUAGCUCAAGAGGAGCGACCUAUCUUCAGUGCUAGCAAGCCCUAGCGCUACCUAGCACCGAAGGGCUAACUAGCCCUAGAGCUACCCAGCACCUGCCCUGCUGUCUAUACAUAAGCAAUGAAAUAGCUAAGCUAGCUAAUAUCACUAAGAAGCCACUGGCGGCUGCAUUAGUCUCACUACUCGCUGUACACGCUGCAACAGGCAUCACUGUAGUUAUAAUAUUAGCAGGGCCGCUAUGUGUCUUCCUUGUCUUCAUUCCAGCUCACUGUGUGGUUGUGAAGCUGGCGUGGAACCUUAACGUCUUGUGCUUCAGUCCCAUGUCUGCCGUGGUCCCCAACGCUGAACAAUGUGAAUAUGAUGGCUGACCAACCCCACGGCCCUGAGCCAAGCCUUGCCGAUCACACGUUGGGAUCUAUUGUCUGAAUGUCUGUGACUGAGGGGGGGGGGGGGGGGGGGUUACCUCACCUUGCAGGUGAGGUAACUGUGAGGUGUGUGGAUACUCGCAGGAAGGGACGAGAAACUUGAAUAUAUUGUAUAAUCUUUGCUUGUCACCUGCUAAGCACAGCAUUCCAAUAAACCAUGACUGUAAAUAUGA